UAAUUGUUUAUAUUAUAAUAUAUUUGAAAAUUCUAAUACUUUGCAUAUUUAUUUGACUGUUUAAUGAACCGGUUUUUCAUAGGAAGCAACUAAUUUAUUGAUAGAAUAUAAUGUGGGGCUUUACUUAAAAAAAAUUAUGAUUGAAGUUGUGAACAAAACACAAAAAAGAAAUAGAAAAAAAAAAGAAAAAAAAAAAGAGGAAAGCUGUGAACCAAAAUGGAGCUGUAUUUAAGUUGAAAGGAAAAACAAGAGAUAUAAAUUGGAUUGCAGAGAGGCAGCAGCAGUGUACUGUAUGAAGUGACUGGAGGGGCAGAUGUCCUGCCCGUCAAAUCUAUCUAAGGCCCUGUGGACUGUAAAAAUAAAGCUAACUAGUUUUGGUUACUGACCACUCUUUCUGCCUAUUGGCUAUUGCCAUACCCAGUAGAUUCAAUUCAACUGUCUAUAUAAUACUACUAUUAUGUCACUAAGGUGAGAGACAGAGUACUAAAAAGAGUUUUUCAUAUUUCUGAUAAUAUCUUCUUGGGUAUUUCCUUUUUCUUUCUGGGUAAUGAGGAAGUAAGAGAGAUAGUAGAUACUGAGUAUAGAAGAAAAGGGUUAAUGUUAGUUUUGGUUUUGGGUUUAUAUUGGAUCUGAGUUUUUUGUAGGGUUUAAGAAUUGUUGUUGGUCUAAUAAGUCUAAAGAAAAAGGGUAGAUAGAGAGAGAGAGAGAGAGAGAGAGAGAGAAAAGCAAAAGACGUGGUCUUUCUCAUAUACACAGAUCCCUAUGGAAUGCAGGGGUGCUCCCCAGCAUUGCUUGCUCGAAUUCAUUCCUUUUGUUUAGUUUAAAGAGACCAGUUUUGUUCUCUUUAGAGAGAAAGAGAAAGAUAGAGAGAGAGAGAAAAAAAAAUUAUGGGUUCUUCUUGUUGCACAGAGUGAAGUGUGUUUGGGCCAGAAGAAAAAAUUAUUUCUUUCUUUUUGCAAUGACUUCCUCUUGAUAGACAGCGAAAAAGAACCAAGCUUUCAUACAGGGCUGAAGCAAAGGGAGAUUUUUUAGGUAUGAUUAGUUCAUGAUUUUUUGCCAAUGAUUGAGUGAGUUUUCCUUGCAACAAGUGAAGGAAACCUCCCUGGAAGUUAAAGAAAAGGAAGAGAGAGAGAUAUUAAGAAAGAUGAAAUCUUUGAACGACAAUAACAAUGGUAGCAAUAAUAAUAAUAACUGGUUGGGGUUCUCUCUCUCACCCCACCUGAAAAUGGAGGUUAAUGCUUCUUCUGAUCCCCAACAUCAUCAUCAUCAGUAUCACAAUGAAUCACAGACUCAUUCUUCUUCUUCUUCUUCUGCUGCUGCUGCUGGUGUUUCUAGUGCUGUUCCAACUAGCUUCUAUUUGUCUUCUUCUCACUUCAAUACCUCAACUGGAUUCUGUUAUGGUGUUGGAGAAAGUGUUGGCUUUCACUCUCCCUUGUCUGUUAUGCCACUCAAGUCUGAUGGCUCUCUUUGUAUUAUGGAAGCUCUUACUAGAUCACAACCUGAAGGAAUGGUGCCAAGUACAACCCCAAAACUGGAGGACUUUCUAGGUGGUGCAACUAUGGAUACACAUCAGUAUGGCAGUCACGAAAGAGAAACAAUGGCAUUAAGUCUAGACAGCAUGUAUUAUCAUCACCAAAACACAGAGCAAAAUGGAAACAGGCAACAUUCUCUUGAACUUCAUGAACCUUACAGGCAGCAACAGCAUCAGGAACAACAUUUCUCGGUUCAAAACCAUCCAUAUUAUACUACCGGAAUAUCAUGCCAUGGAAUGUACCAAACCCCAUUAGAGGAUUCAACAACUAAAGAUACCCAAAUUUCUGAUUGUGAUCCACAGAUCCCUCAAAUGGGUGAUGAUGAUGGGAUUCCUUGCUUGAAAAACUGGGUUGCUAGACACUAUUCCACUACUCACAAUGCAAUAGAGCAACAGAAUACUAGCAAUAUGGUUGAUGAUGGAGAAGCAGCCUCCGGUCCUGUUUCUGGUGCUAUAAGUUGUGGUGAUUUACAGUCUCUUAGCUUGUCAAUGAGUCCUGGUUCUCAAUCUAGUUGUGUUACAGCUCCAAGGCAGAUCUCACCUACUGGUACGGAGUCUAUGACCAUGGAAACAAAGAAAAGAGGUCCUGCAAAAGUGGGUCAAAAACAGCCUGUUCAUAGGAAGUCUAUUGACACAUUUGGCCAAAGAACUUCACAGUUUAGAGGUGUAACAAGACAUAGGUGGACGGGUAGAUAUGAAGCCCAUCUCUGGGAUAAUAGUUGCAAGAAGGAGGGCCAGACCAGGAAAGGAAGGCAAGUUUAUCUUGGUGGAUAUGAUAUGGAAGAGAAAGCUGCCAGAGCUUAUGAUCUUGCUGCCCUCAAGUAUUGGGGCCCUUCAACCCACAUAAAUUUUCCAUUGGAAAAUUACCAAGAAGAGCUCGAAGAGAUGAAGAACAUGAGCCGACAGGAAUAUGUUGCGCAUUUACGAAGGAAAAGUAGCGGGUUCUCUAGGGGGGCCUCAAUGUACAGAGGAGUAACAAGGCAUCACCAGCAUGGAAGAUGGCAAGCAAGGAUAGGCAGAGUUGCAGGAAACAAGGACCUUUAUCUUGGGACUUUCAGCACUCAAGAAGAAGCAGCAGAAGCAUAUGACAUUGCUGCAAUCAAGUUUCGCGGUGUUAACGCUGUAACCAACUUUGAUAUAACAAGAUAUGAUGUUGAGAGGAUUAUGGCAAGCAAUACUCUCCUGGCAGGAGAAUUGGCAAGGAGAAACAAAGAGACUGAGAUAAGUAAUGGGGCAAUUGAGUAUAACUCGUCAGCACAGAACAGUGCUGAGUCCAUACAGAUUGAGAACAGCAAUGGCAACGUUACAGAUUGGAAAGUGGCUUUAUACCCUUCGCCGCAGCCACAGACUAAUACGUGCAGUGAUUCUCUUGAUCAGAGGUCAAUAAUUUGUGGGGGAAAUUAUCGGAGUUCAAAUUAUUCGUUGGCAAUGCAAGACCUUAUCGGUAUUGAAUCAGCGAACUCUAGCCAGCAUGUAGUGGAUGAGUCAGGCAACAGGCUAGGAACUCAUUCCUCGAACCCUUCAUCACUGGUGACCAGUUUGAGCAGCUCAAGAGAAGCUAGCCCUGAUAAAACUGGUACUACAAUGCUGUUUGCUAAGCCAACGUUGGCAUCAAAGUUCGUUAGCCCAACAAGUAGUGUUACUAGUGUUGCCCCAUGGUUCCAAUCAGCAACCCAGUUGAGGCCAGCAGCUGCAAUAUCAAUGGCUCAUUUGCCAGUGUUCGCAGCUUGGAAUGAUACCUAAAGACCUUCCAGUUUUUGGUGAAGUUUUGCAUGGAGAAGGAAAAAAAAAAAAAGGAAGGAAAGAAAUGAAGUACUGUUUGAGGGGGGAAAGUAAGGAAGAAGUAGGAUUCUUGUUUUUAUGUAAUCUUUUUUAGGUUGUUAGUGGAGAAAAAUGGGGAGUAAUGAAAGACAAAGGUGGGGGCCAAAUUAUCUGUCUGUAAGAAACUUUUGUCAAAAAUAUGAACCUUUUGGCAUCAUAUUGGAAUGAAAUUUUUUUUGCAAAA